UUUCAGCUUCUGCUCAGAAAUUCGAGAGCAUGGACCCAGAACUUUAAAUUCAACAAUUCUAAAUGAUUUGCUGCGUCAGAAGAUCAGUCUAACACUGGACAUAUUGGCGUUUUGGAGCAGAAGACCCAGAAGAAGACCGGCUUCAAUAGGAUAUUACUUUGCUGUAUGUGCUAACAAAUAAAGAAGGCACUGGGACAUACGAAGUGUUGAGAGGAAAUAAUUUUUUUUAUUCAUUUAAAAAAAAUGAAUACACUCACCAGAACUUUAAAGAUAGUAUUCAGUUUGCAGCAAAUGCUUAUUGCUGCCAUUAUUUUUCUCCUGAACACUGAACUGUGUUUUUGCGCUUGCAACCAAGCUGAAUAUGAGGUAAAUGGAGAAUGUUGUCCCAUGUGUGCACCUGGAAACCAUGUUUAUCGGCAUUGCACUGAAUUACUGACCACAACGUGUGUACCGUGUGUUGACUUGACUUUCACCUCUGUGCACAAUGGACUUUUAAAUUGCCUUAGCUGUGCAGUGUGUGAUCCAGAGCACGGAUUAAGAGUAAAGGCAGCCUGUACACGAAUUUCAGAUACAAUGUGCGAGCCACUGGAAGAAUUUUAUUGUAUCAAUAAUGACAAGGGCAGCUGUACACAGGCUGAGGAACACACAAAAUGCAGCCCUGGACAAUACAUAAAGCAGAAAGGAACAGCACAAAAAGAUGCUGAAUGUGCUGAAUGUAAAGAUGGAACCUACUCUGAUGGAUCACUUGGCAUGUGCAAACAGCAUACAAAAUGUGAAGAUUUGGGACUUAGAGAAAUCAAACCAGGAACAACAAUGUCAGAUGCUGAGUGUGGAAAGAAAAUUCAAGUGGCUCUAAUAGCUGGAAUCAUAGUCUUCAUAGUUGUGGGUUUAGCACUAGUAAUGUUUUGCAAAUGUUUCCUAAUGCAUAGGUAAUAAUUUCAUACAAAUCUAAGAAUAUCACAAAAUACUAAUAAACACUUUUUCUAAAUCGUUUCUUUUUAUUAGCUAUUAAACCUGAGAAAGAAACAUGUAGUGUAAAUAUUCCAUGCUAAUAGAAAUAUUAUGAUAAUUAUAUGGGGUUGGUUGUGUAAGUGACACAGAAAGGUGUGUGAACCCAAAUGCAGAGACAAACUUGUCAAUUGAACAUUCCAUGUUAUAUUAGUAUGUACAAAAGUAUUAAAAUUGGAAAAGCAAAACAGCAACAAAAUGAUAAAAAAAAAAAAACAAAAAAAUCAACAGGGCACAGGGUAGAAAAUCUGAUACAAAAUUACAAAACAAAUUUUCCCAAAAAUAUUAUUCAAUGUUUUCCUUAGAGAAAGCCCAGCAAAGCUAAAAAAAAAAACCAGACACAAGAACCUACAGAGGGCAAUUAGAAAAAAAUACAACAAAAACAAAAUCUUGGAAUUCUUGAAAUUGUUUAGUAUGUGGUUGGAAUGACAAUAAAGCCUACUUGACUUUGAACUUGAACUUAACAUUACAUUACAUUGAAUUGUCCAUAUAAAAUGGGUAUUUUAAAGAGAGAUACUGGCUGCUAUUCUUUUCAUUGCUCUAAUCAACCACCAGUAUUGUAAAGGAUUUUUCAAUCAUUCUCUAACCUGUUUAAUUUAACAAACCUUUUUGAUUCCCUUUCAGCCAAUACAUAGAGUCAAGUCCAGUUUCACUUUUAAAUCACAGCUAAUUCAGGAAUGAUGAAAACCCAGAGGCCUUGCUGUAGUUCCAGCCAAGUUCUUUUGUUGGACUGCUGCUUAGUAAACUUAAAACUAAAGAAACAAGGAAGAUAUAAAUGUUUGGCAGGUAUUUAUUGUAAACACCUGCUUACGAUGACUACUUUAAUAGCUGUUUAAAGCUAUUUACUAAUUACUGUAAUGAACAACAGAAAACUCUUUUAAAAUGUUUAAUAUGCGGAAAUUAAAACAAUAAAUUGCAUAAAUUUGCAAAAAAAUUUUAAGGAUCAGUACUUUUGAUACUUAAAUCCAUAGGAAAACAAGUAUUUUAAAUCAAGUAGAAAUGUACAAGGAGUAAUUUUACUGGAGUUAUAUACUUUUAAUCAAGCACAGGAAUCGUGUACUGUAUUCACCACUUGAUGGCGCCUCUGCUGCUUUGCACCUUACAAAAUAAUGACGUCUGAAGUUUUAAAGUUCUGAAGCCUUGAUUAAAAUGUAUCCUUAAUUAUAAAGGAGAUGAAAAAAAAGCAGUCUUAAUUAUUCAUUCAAGAACAGAAUUUAUCUGCUUUUCUGGUUCAACUCAUUGAUUUAAUGAUAAAUUAAUACUACCAAUGCUACUACCACUGCUACUACUACUACUAAUAAUAAUAAGUAGAUUAUUUAUUGUCUCUUAUUAAAUAAAAAAUAUAUUAAUUGUCUCCUAUUAAACAUGCAAA